AUGGGACAAGGAGUUUCCCUCGGCGAAACCGCCCAAGAGCGGUACUUCCUUCAAAAGGUGAAGCUUGGAGAAGGAUCUUUUGGCACUGUUUGGCGAGCCGUCGACAGGCAGACAAGCACCACCGUGGCAGUGAAACAGCUGGACAAGGCUGUUUUGCCCAAGCGUGGAGUCCGUCGUGCUGAUAUCGAACGAGAGAUUUCAGUCAUGCAGGCAGUGAAUCAUGAGAAUGUCACCAAGCUUUAUGGCUCGUGGGAGGAUGCACAAAGCAUUUUUCUGGUUCGGGAGAAGGGGAUGGAUUUAGAGGAGUGGGUGGCUGCCAAAUGGAUGUAUCAGAUCAUCUCGGCUAUUUGGGUUUUGCACUGCAAGAACAUUUGUCACCGCGAUAUCAAGCCAGACAACUUCAUGGUUCAUGAUGAGGUCUUGAAGCUUUCAGAUUUUGGUUUGGCGGUGCAUCUACCCUGGGGCCAACGCCUCACUGACAAGUGUGGAACUCCUGCCUUCAUGACGCCUGGCUGA